AUGCAGUGCAAUGCAAUGCAGUGCUACAGUGACGAGGACACGGUGCACCUCUGCACCCACCACUCAGCCCCCUCUAACCCAGCCCCCGCCCUCAGCCUCGCUCCCAGGAGGACAGAGGAGGAGGAGCAGGAGGAGCUGGAGGAGACCGCGCAGGAGAAGAAGCUGCGCCUGGCCAAGGUCUACCUUGAGCAGCUCCGGCAGCAAGAGGACGAGAAGGCCGAGGCCCGCGAGUUUGAGGAGGACCAGGUGGCGGGGCGCCUGAAGGAGGACGUGCUCGAGCAGAGGGGCAGGCUGCAGAAGUCGGUGGCGAAGGAGAUCCAGGCCCCAGCCCCGGCCGACAUUCGAGUCUUACGGGGCCACCAGCUCUCCAUCACAUGCUUGGUUAUCACCCCUGACGACUUGGCCAUCUUCUCCGCCGCCAAAGACUGCACCAUCAUUAAGUGGAGCGUGGAGAGUGGACGGAAGCUUCACGUGAUCCCACGUGCCAAGAAGGGCGCGGAGGGCCAGCCCCCCGGCCACAGCAGCCACGUGCUCUGCAUGGCCAUCUCCUCCGACGGCAAGUACCUGGCCUCGGGCGACCGCAGCAAGCUCAUCCUCAUCUGGGAGGCCCCGAGCUGCAGGCACCUGUACACCUUCACGGGGCACCGGGACGCCGUGUCGGGGCUGGCGUUCCGCCGAGGCACCCACCAGCUCUACAGCACGUCCCACGACCGCUCGGUGAAGGUGUGGAACGUGGCGGAGAACUCCUACGUGGAGACGCUCUUCGGGCACCAGGAUGCUGUGGCUGCGCUGGACGCUCUGAGCAGGGAGUGCUGCGUGACGGCGGGCGGCCGGGACGGCACCGUGCGCGUGUGGAAGAUCCCCGAGGAGUCCCAGCUCGUCUUCUACGGCCACCAGGGCUCCAUUGACAACAUUCAGCUCAUCAACGAGGAGCACAUGGUGUCGGGCGCCGACGAUGGCUCCCUGGCCUUGUGGGGCCUCUCCAAGAAACGGCCGCUGGCCCUGCAGCGGGACGCCCACGGGCUGCGGGGCGAGCCGGGCCUGGAGCAGCCCUUCUGGGUGUCGUCAGUGGCCGCCCUGCUCAACACAGACCUCGUGGCCACCGGCUCCCACAGCGCCUGCGUGCGGCUCUGGCGGUGCGGCGAAGGCUUCCGGCAGCUCGACCCUCUCUGCGACAUCCCCCUGGUGGGCUUCAUCAAUAGCCUCAAGUUCUCCAGCGCCGGGGACUUCCUGGUGGCCGGGGUGGGGCAGGAGCACAGGCUGGGCCGAUGGUGGCGGAUCAAAGAGGCUCGGAACUCCGUGUGCAUCAUCCCCUUGCGGAGGGCCCCCAGGCCCACGGCCGCAGGCUCCUGACGCCCGUGCCCUAUUUAAGUCCUUCCCACCCGCCCUGCCCUCUUGUAUUAAAAGUCUUCUCUUUUGGG